UUGGGUCAUAUGUUGUUUUGAAGGUCAGUGGGUCGUAUUCUUGGAACAACACCAAUGGAUUGCUAGAGGACUUUGUUUCGAUGAUUUUUACUUUGCAUGUAUUACACAAAUUUGUCGUUGGGCUUUUCGAUAUAAUUAAGUCCCACUGUGUAGUUGGAUAUACAUAUACAUGUUUAUUUUAAAAUAAGCAUAGACCUUGGUUGUAAUACAACUGACUCUCAUUAAAAAAGCAAUCAAAAUUUGAUCCUAGUUCUUAAUUAACAAUUAGAUUUUUCCGCAAUUAGUUAACAUUCUACUGUUAUUAUAUUAGUAUUUUGUACAAGGGAACUUCUACUGCAUACAAAUUCAUUCGCUGAGAUUUUGCAAAUAUAUUAGUCCUAAUUAAGAACUUAUACUGCGCAAUCUUUUUGAAUCAAAUAAUGAGGUAAUUUGUUAGAUUUAAACAUCUGUUCACAUUAAUAAAAGUAAACUUGAAUCUCAAAAGCUUUGUGUUUAUGGAGCUUUAACAUGGCCACUUAGACACUUGAGUGUUGAUCGUUCAUGUGGAGUCCAUACACCAACUAAAUAGCAGUAUCACUGCUCGCACUAAUCUUUGCUCAUUGUGUAACCCGGAUUUUAUAAUUCGGUAAUGUUAUACUUAGCGGAACACAAUAGUAUUGAAAGCACUCAUCAGCUACAUCUUUUCUAUCAUCUCUGUGCUUAUAUUGAUAGAAUAGUGAUGUACUAACACCCCUGAGUCAAUGAACCAAAAUUAAAAUAAAGCCUCAUGCAUUUCACGUGAGGCUCAGUAACAGAUAACUUGUAUGGUAUCAUCAGCCGAGUGAAAAUUAUCAAUAACUGGUCCUUAGAAUGCUUGAAAUCCGAAAAGUGGAUUCAAGAUGUUAAUAGUAUAAUACAGUACGAGGUACUAAUAUUAUCACGAUAAAGAUAUAUUACUUGUUUUUGUACUACUUUUCACUGUCAACUUGCUUUCUUUUUCUGGCUGAUCUCCUUAGCUUCGUUAUUCAUGGUUCUUAAUGAGCGUACUUCGCAUAUUGUUGUUGAUACAGCACCUUUUUUAAAACGUACACGUCUUGAGACCUUCGGUGCAAUUAUUUACACCAUACCACAGGUUUUAUCUGAAAUAAAAGAUGUUCAAACACGUGAAUAUAUGAAUUGUUUGCCAUAUGCCUUGAAUUGUCAAGUACCAGAAACUAAUUCUAUUAACAUAAUUAAAGGCAUUGCAAAACAAACUGGAGAUCUGUCAGUUCUUUCUGCAACAGAUAUUAAUUUGAUCGCUUUAACUUAUGAACUGCAUAAAAGAUAUAUAGGUGAACCAAAACUUAAGGAAGUGAAACCUUUGCCCAGUAACCUUGGGUCUUUAGCUCGUUGUGAAUUGCCGAAAUCGGACACAGAAUGUAUUCCAUCCAUUGAUGUAUGUGAUGAGACAAAAACAUCUGGAACUGAAACUAGUGAUACUGAAGCAUCUGAACCGGAUGAUGAUGAUUGGAUAACAGAAAAUAACUUUGACGAGAAAGCCAUGACUAAUUUCGGGCUUGGAGGAAAAAUUGCAGAUUUACUGGAACCAAUCAAUGAAGUUGAAACAAAUGUUGUAGCUUGCCUGACAACUGAUUUUGCUAUGCAAAAUGUUCUUUUCCAUGCAGGUCUCGACAUAGUAAGCAUAAAUGGUUUGCGUAUUCGUCAACCAAGAACACAUCUACUUUGGUGCUGUGCUUGCUUUAAGCCUACUAAGCGUACAGACACCUACUUUUGUCCAUGGUGUGGCCAUGCUAGUCUACGUCGAAUUCCAGUUACUUUACACGAAGAUGGUCAAUUAGAAUUCCACUUUGCAAAAAAAUUUGUGCCUAGACGGCGCGGUGUAAAACAACCAGUGAGAAUCCCAAAGGGUGGAAAGUAUGCUGAUGAACCAAUUUAUUGUGCAGACCAACGUAUUCCUGACCGAAGACCAGCUCGUCCUAAAAAUCCAAAAGUGGUUCCAGUAGCUACUAAUGGCUUAUUAGGAUUUGAAGAUGAGGAACUAUCCAAUGUUUUGGAAUUCCAAUGUAAUUUAAGCAAUGCGUCAUCAGUAGUGUUCCCAUUAAAUGACGUUACUAGUCGAUCUGCACUCUGUGGUAUCCGAUCUGACCAUCAAAUACCAAGCAGAAGCUUUUUACAAGGUAUACAUGCUGAGCAUGGCCUUAAACCAACAAGAGGCAAGGCUCAUAUAGUUAGACCAAGAACAGGAAAUAAGAAGAAACAUAAAUCUUAAAUAUUAUUUUCCUGAUUUCUAAAAUAUACAUUAUUU